AUGGAUAACAUAGAACCAUCCUCUAAUGGAAACAUCCAGACCGAGGAGGAGAAUACAAAUAUGAAGAAGGAACCAGUUUCAUUGAUUGGUUUGUUUAGCGCCGCAAAUAGAUUUGAUUACUUUUUGAUGUUCCUAGGCGGUUUAGGCGCGUGUAUUCAUGGCGCUACGCUUCCUCUCUUCUUCGUGUUCUUCGGCAAAAUGCUAGAUUCUCUUGGGAAUCUUUCUACAGAUCCUAAAGCCAUAUCUUCCCGCGUUUCACAGAAUGCUCUGUACUUGGUCUACUUAGGAUUGGUCAAUUUUUUAUCAGCUUGGAUCGGAGUUGCUUGUUGGAUGCAAACAGGGGAAAGACAAACAGCGCAAUUGCGUAUAAAUUAUCUUAAAUCAAUCUUAGCAAAAGACAUUACUUUCUUCGAUACAGAAGCUAGAGAUUCAAAUCUCAUUUUCCACAUAUCAAGUGACGCGAUCUUGGUUCAAGAUGCAAUAGGCGAUAAGACAGACCAUGUUUUGCGGUACCUAUCUCAGUUCAUUGCCGGAUUUGUCAUCGGUUUUUUGUCGGUAUGGCAACUUACGCUGCUCACAUUAGCAGUGGUUCCAUUGAUAGCAAUUGCAGGAGGAGGGUAUGCUAUAAUCAUGUCCACAAUCUCAGAAAAGAGUGAAGCUGCUUAUGCUGAUGCAGGAAAAGUCGCAGAAGAGGUUAUGUCACAGGUGAGGACAGUGUAUGCAUUUGUAGGAGAAGAGAAAGCUGAGCGGUCUUGCUAA